GGAUUUAGUGCCCGCCUUAUUAAGCAAACUGCAGGGCGCAUUGCAACAGAGAAACAUUUAAUUAGAGUCGGGAGCUAGAGUGAGUAGGGAAGGUGUAACGUAGUCUGGAGAAAUGUUUUUGUAUUCAUUGCUACGUUGAAUCGGGUAGUUAGUUGGAGUAUUUGCGCCGGAUUUCCUGUCCCGUGAAACUGAUCAGGAGGUAGCAUCUACGCAGACCCAACAGCCAUGACCUGUACUUUGAAUGCUGCUCCCCAUCAACAGCCCUACAUCGCAACUUCAAACAACCGGCAAGAAAUGGAUCCAAUUCAGCUGAACAGCCAUUGUUGUUUCGGGAGUUGUCUCCGAUCAUCUUUCCACAAGCCGCGACCAGCUCCUCUGAAAAUGCCUAACAAUGAGGAGUCAUUUCUACAAAUGGAAAAAGAUCAGCUGCUCUCCCCAUUUAAGAGACUCUCUGUGGAUAGCACUAUACAGUCACCACCUCAAACACCAGUAAAAGGAGCAAGUCCACUAUCUAUUUCUGGGUGUACCAGUGAUCGAAGUUCUAAGCCACUCCCUCCAUUGCCCAUCACUAGUGAUGUGCCUUUUGAUGAUGUUGAUAGUGAGGUUGAAUCCAUUACGAGCUCUGAAACUGAUUCCCUCUUGCAAGACUAUAGGCCACUGAGCUUUAGGUACAAUACUCCGAGCAGAAGGAGCUUCCGUGGAUGUGGGCAGACCAACUAUGCUUACUCAGAAGGUGCUAGUGGAAAUAAGUUGCCAGAGAGUUGCAAUAUGAUUAAAGACUCUAACCUGGAAAGCAUGGAGGUUACUGAGAAGUCUGUUCGGCCUCACCGCAAAUUACGGCGUUCACAUUCCGGUCCAGCUGGAUCUUACAACAAACCUGUUGCAUUUAAAAAUGGAGGCUGCUUAUCGCAUUCAUCACCAAAUUCCAACGAGGUGAAGCCUGAGGUCCCUCCUCGAGUUCCCAUACCCCCGCGACUUGUGAAACAUGACUGCCGGAGAUGGUCUACAGAGGUGAUGUCAGGCAUGUAUUGUGAUGAGGACAGGCCACCGAAGAUACCUCCACGGGAACCUGUGUCCAGAAAUAACUCGCGCACCCCAAGUCCCAAAAGCCUCCCUUUCUACCUCAAUGGAGUGAUGCCACCCACACGAAGCUUUGCACCUGAUCCUAAAUAUGUCAGCAACAAAAUCUUGCAGCGGCAGAGCAGUGAUGGAGCAAACACAAGGGUGCCAUGCAUUUUACCAAUCAUGGAAGAUGGUAAGAAGAUGAGCUCUACACACUACUAUCUGCUCCCUGAGAAGCCUCCUUAUCUGGACAAGUUUCAGAAGUACUUGGUGGAGGCUCAGAACACAUGGGAGUCAAAUGAUUGCACAGCAGACAAUUUAAAGACUUUUGCAUUGACCAAACCAGCAACAGUAAAGGGGAAACCUGUUGCUUACGCGGAGGCUCCUUAGAUUUUACCAUCCCUGCAGAGGGGCAUCAAAAUAUGACAUCAGCAAAAAACAGUUCCAGGAUAAUCCAAGGUAAUUGGUUUGCAAUUCCUUGGGAAAAUAGGUGGAAUCACAGAAUGUGUGAUCCAAAAACCAGUGAAAAUACAAUGUUAAAAUACAAUAUAAGUUGCUGUAAACCAGAGGCCCUUGAACAUGACAGUGACCAGGUUAUCUGUACAAUAGUUUUACAGUAGACAUUUUUCACUAGAACAUUUUAGUUUUUUAAUUGCACUUUAUCUACUUUUUGGAACCUUGAAAAGGCAGUGAACCAGGCAAGAUGCAUUGAGCACAGUGCCUUAUAAUAUCUUGGAGAAAGUUCAACAUCCGUUUGGAAUAUUAAAGGCCCUUCCCAGGCAGUGACUCUCAUGUGAAACAAGCACAACACAAUCAAGACUAGAUUUUUAUUACUGAAACUUCUGAUUUAUUAUAUAACUGUCCAGAGACUCUUGCGAAGAAGAACUGCUGCAAUUGUUAAAGGGCACAUAAGGAUGACCAUGCCUAAUAACAAUCCAGCUCAGGGAUGCUCAGUGAAGGUCACCUCUGACUUGACUAUUUUGAGUGACAAGUAUUAUACUAAAGUGAAGGGAUUUAGUUAAAAGUUAAGCACAGAAACUGCCACAAGUUCAUGUCUCUGCCUCUUUCACCCAUCCCCAACAAUUCAUGACAUAUCUGUUGGGAUGGAGAAGCCAAGGGUCAGAGGGAAUGGAAUCAGUGAUCCACUUUGUUUGAAGACUAACAAUCUUUUCAUUGUCCUUUCUUCCUUGCCUCUCAGGGUGUGCUCCCUUCCUGUUUUGAAAGGAACUGUUACAGCUGUAAAUGUGGCACAGGAGAACAGACUUGUCACAUUUUGCUAUGCCAAGUUUGUAAGCACGAGUAGCUUACCCACACCUUUUAAAGUGUACCCAAAACAUGACCUGCAUCUUUUUAAUAUUAACCCACAAAAGGCUGCAGAUCAUCACCAGCUCUUAAUAGGAGAUACUUCAGUGGGGAUUGGCAUGGAGAUUGUUAGCAUUUGUUCUGCUUGUUGACCUCUUUUAUUACCAUAUCUAAAUGUCCAUUCUUCAAAUGAUUGUGAAUAAUUGACCACCCAGAGCAUCACAGUCCACAUUACAGUCCUUCGUACAUUCACAGUUUCAGAAAAAAUGGGCCCAUUGUUUCCUGUCUGGCAAGUGAGGUCCAUGGUAACCAGCAACUGCUUUCCUGUAGCUCCUACUGUCAGUAUUUAGUGUUGUUUGUUUGUGGAUGGAUAUGAUUUGUGCCUGUGGCUCAUAUGUUGCCUUUUUAAGCCCAUAUAUGACCCUAGGUUUGGCCUCCUGAGUCCACAUUUAAGGUUGCUACAUCAGCUAAGAGUGGGGACUGAAGGAACAAAGCAAGGAAAAAAGAAACAUUCAGGAGGUGACUAUAAUGAUGUUGGGCCUCCUAAUAUAAAGCUCAUCGUCUAUUGGCAGUAAGAUGCAAGACAGCUUCAGCCACAGUUCAUCUUGGAAAUCAAACACCUCUUCACAGACAUAAGCAAUUGAGUUAAAUGGAAAAUAAGAUCGUAAGUAAACAUCGGGCUACUAAAAUAAAACUUAACAGGGUGCAACAAGGGACAUAAUGGUGAGAGACUCAGUACUAAUCUGCAGACUAGUUUACAUGAUAGUUGAUAAGGGACCUAGAUGAAGAAUCCAUGCAGUUGCUUAUGUUCGAGAAUAGUUUUGUGUAAGUGACUCAAUUAACUACAUGUACCAUAAAUGAAGGCCUAUAAUUCUACUCUUGUGUCAUUGGCUGUAACAUAUCUUUUAAUGUAUUGUAACUAUUUGUUUAAAAACCACAAUGAUAUUUGUUCGUGUGGUCUGUGCAGUAUUAUU